CGGGUUUCCUGCGCGCAGCGCGGCUCUGCAGAAAUGGAUCAUGCGCCAUCGGCGGUCACGGCCAAGCGGAGAGGCCAUCGCGCAGGCCCGCAGAUGCUCGUGAACAGAAGAACCACCGUCCAGCAGCAGGAGGAGGGGCCUGGAGCCGACACUCUCAUUGUUAUCACCUAGAGCUGCGCACGCGCAUGUCCGCACGUGAGGCCCGGGUGUGCAGGUUCUGGAGGGUCUGGAUCUGGGUGAAGUGAUGGACGGCAACGCGGAUCACGCAGCGGACUAGAUCCGCCCGCGGAGGUGUCAGAGGGAUCCGCAAAUCCGCGGGGGAGAGGUGUCAGUCCGCUCCGGAUCAACGAGCGUCAUCUCACAGCUGCAGGCUCUGCUGAGCUCCGAGCCGAACCGCCGGGUCCGAGUCUCUACAGGGUGUCGGGGCGUGAAGGGGCGGGGCCGUGCAGAUCGGCAGCAUGAGGCGGCUGAAUUGCCCUGGGGAAGUUGGUCUACCUUGCUGCAGCUGCAGAGCUGAGAUUUGCUGAAGGUCUCCUUCUGAAAGCAGGUGGAUGGGACUCGGACUGUCGGAGGAGAACUGGAGCCCGAGAGAACCAAGGAGAGCAAGGAAGCAGAAAUGGUCACAUGUCAGAAGAUCCACAUCUGAUGCUGGAAAUGGUUUUAUGACCUUCCCCAGGUUGAUUUCAAGCAGCAGCUGCUCCUCUAAGACCCCUGCUGAUGUUGUCCCUUCUUAGUGUACUGUUGGCACUCAGUGACCCGGGUUAGUCUGCGGACCCUGACAACCCCCAUGCAGGCGCGUAAGAAGUACGUUCUGCUGGGUUUGUGUGCGUGCUGCUGGCUUGUUCUGGUCUACUGGGGCGGGGGGGCCCAGCUCCGCCUGCUGCACAUGCUGACACGUCACCGGGGUGAUGUGGUGCGGCCCUGGCCCAACUGGACCGAUCGGGUCUUCCUGCCCCGCUACGCCCAUUUGGAUGAGCUCCAGACAGAUCCGGGGAUGGCUGAGUCGCCAUGGCAGCGCCGCCAGGCGUGGACAUCCAUCUACAAGGACAGCCGCUGCCGCAUGGAGACGUGCUUUGACUUCUCGCGGUGCCGGCACCGAGGCAGGGAUGGGUUUCGGGUUUAUGUGUACCCAGCAGAGAAGAGCGACCGGGUGUCCGAGAGCUACAGGAAGAUCUUGACCUCGAUAUCAGAGUCGCGCUACUACACAUCAGAUCCCCGGGAGGCGUGUCUGUUCGUGCUUGGCAUUGACACAUUAGACCGGGACCAGCUUUCUGGACAGUUUGUUCCCAACGUGGAUGAACGUAUCCGCGGUUACCCUCUGUGGAAUGACGGACGCAACCAUUUGAUCUUCAAUCUGUACUCGGGCACCUGGCCCAACUACACUGAGGACCUUGGGUUCAAUGUGGGCCAGGCCAUCCUGGCCAAAGCCAGCCUGAACUCAGAGCACUUCCGGCCUGGGUUCGACGUCUCCAUCCCGCUGUUCUCUAGGGACCACCCACAGAAGGGUGGAGAGCGGGGCUGGCUGGUGAGGAACAGCACCCCGCCCCGCAGGAAGUACCUGCUUAUGUUCAAAGGGAAGCGUUACCUGACGGGGAUUGGCUCUGACACCCGCAAUGCCCUCCAUCACAUCCACAACGGGAAGGACAUUGUGUCGCUGACGACCUGUCGUCACGGGAAGGACUGGGAGAAGCACAAAGAUGCUCGCUGUGACCACGACAACCUGGAAUAUGAGAGGUUCGACUACCAGGAGCUGCUCCACAACUCCACCUUCUGUUUGGUUCCUCGAGGUCGACGUUUGGGCUCCUUUCGCUUCCUGGAGUCUCUGCAGGCGGCAUGCGUCCCCGUGCUGCUGAGCAACGGCUGGGAGCUGCCGUUCUCUGAUGUCAUCCAGUGGAAUCAGGCAGUCGUCGAGGGGGAUGAGAGGCUCCUGCUGCAGGUGCCGUCCACAGUGAGGUCCAUCAGAAACCAGCGGGUCCUGGCAUACAGACAGAAGACCCAGAUGUUGUGGGAUGCCUACUUCUCUUCUGUGGACAAGAUUGUUCUGACCACGCUAGAGAUCAUUAAGGACAGAGUGUUCUCCCACACCUCCAGGAACAAGUACAUGUGGAACUCACUGCCAGGAGGUCUGCUGGUCCUGCCAGAGUACUCCACACACCUGGCACACUUCCCCUUUUACUACCUGGGACUAGGAGUCAGUCCUGGUCAGGAGUUCACCGCCAUCAUUCACGCCGUCUCCCCAUUGGUCUCCCAGUCACAGCCAGUCAUGAAGCUGCUUCAGGUGGUCUCCAAGUCCAAGUACUGCUCACAGAUCAUCAUCCUGUGGAACAGCGAGAAGCCGCCCCCCAGUCGGAGUAAGUGGCCCCCCACGCCGGUUCCCCUCGUGGUGACGGACGGCAGGAGGAAGACCACCAGCCGAUUCCUACCCCACGUUGCCAUAGAGACGGAGGCCGUGCUGAGUCUGGACGAGGACACGGUCCUGCUGACCAGCGAGGUCAACUUUGCCUUCCUGGUGUGGUGGAGCUUCCCCGAGCGGAUCGUGGGCUUCCCGCCCCGCAGCCACUUCUGGGACCCCCUGAAGCACACCUGGGGUUACACGUCCAAAUGGACCAACGACUACUCCAUCGUCCUGACGGGAGCUGCCUUCUACCACAGGUACUACCAUCACCUGUUCUCCCACUACCUGCCCCAGUCUCUGCGGACCCUGGUGGACCGGACCUCCAACUGCGAGGACAUCUUGAUGAACUUCUUAGUCUCUGCUGUCACUCACCUGCCGCCAAUCAAAGUGGCUCAGAGGAAGCAGUACAAGGAGCUGCCGGGUCCACAGGGAACGAGGAGCGCCCCCUGGACCAACUCGGAACACUUCAACCAGAGGCAGGAGUGCGUCAACACCUUCGCCAACUGGUUCGGCUACAUGCCUCUGGUCCACUCGCAGUUCCGUCUGGACCCGGUGCUCUUCAAAGAUCAGGUGUCCGUCUUCCGUAAGAAGUACAAAGACUUGGAGCGUGUCUAAUGUUAGCAGAAUGGGAGUGCGAGGGAAAUGUCGCCCCAUGGCCCUCUGGAUGCACAAAUGGACCGGUUAGUGGAGGACGUCCUGGAACGGUCCAUUUGCCACAUGGGCAGUCUCUGGGGAUCUGUUCAGGACUCAAGACCAAUGAUGAGGAAGUUACAGGUUCUGGAACCACUUGAAAGGAGUCUGAGCUGAAUCUAAGCAUGAAGGAGGCCUUGAAGGAGAUCCUGUGAGGUCACAGACAGCUCCAGAAGUAUCACAAGGACUUUGCUCCAAGCAUUACUGUCCAGAGACUGUUUCCAAAGAAACAUAUCAUUUCACUUCAAAACUCUAAAUGUAAAACUAAUAAAACGGUUUCUAAAUGCUACUGAGUUUUUUCCCCCGAUU